AUGAUCGAGCUGCUCCCGCACAGCAGCGAAUGCUUCUUCGAGGACCUGCACAACGGCGACCAAAUGACGCUCACGUACCAGGUGGGAGGUGGUGGACAUCUCGACAUCGAUGUUGUGUUGUACGAUCCCAAGUCGCGCGCUCUCUUCAAGCAGGACCGCAAAGAUACGGGCACCUACUCUUUCACGGCUCAGGACGACGGCCGAUACUCGUACUGCUUCUCCAACGAGUUCAGCACCGUUUCGGAUAAGACGGUCAGCUUCAAUGUGCACGGCAUCAUCUAUGUCCCCGACGAGGGAGAUAUGCUCCCCAUCGAACGCGAAAUCAGAGACCUCGCGGCGGGCCUCCAGGCUGUCAAAGACGAACAGGAGUACCUGGUCAUUCGUGAACGCGUACACAGGAACACUGCGGAAAGCACAAACACGCGCGUCAAGUGGUGGUCCAUCAUCCAGGGCUUCAUCCUCAUCGCCGUAUGCUCGUGCCAGGUCUACUUUGUCAAGCGCCAGUUCGAAGUGCGUCGUGUCGUCUAG